AAAAACUGAGUAUGCGUUCUUUUAAAACAGUUCACAUACACAUGUAUAAUAAAUAUGUGACUGUUUCUUUCAUUAUUCACAAUGUUCUUUUAUAAACAAUUAUUUGUUUUUUUAUUCGUUUGAUUUGUUCUUUUUAUUAAUUCUCUGUCUUUAUACAAUUAUUUAAUGGAUCUUUUGUUUCUUUUAUUCGGAAUGUUCCUUUCAUAUAUUUCUUUAUGUUCUUUCUAUAUUUACUUUAAUAUCUUCCUACUUUUAAUAUUAACUUAUAUGUUCUUUUUCAUUGCACUUUUGUUCUUUAAUUCUUCUCAUUGUGUUCUUUGUUCCUCCUCACAUGUUCUUUUUUUUUUUUUGUAAUACACAGAGAACCUGAAAAUGUGAGAUCAGAUAUGGAAGGUUUAAUCCAAGGAGCUGAAGAUGGAAAACCAAUGUCUCCAACCGUUAGAACUGAAGACUCCGAGUUUCAGACUAUGGAAGGUUUAAUCAAAGGAGCUGAAGAUGGAAACCCCAUGUCUCCAACUGUUAGAACUGAAGAAUCCGAGUUUAAUACUCCAACUGCUGCUGAGUCGCAGACUGAAAUGGAAACUCCAUCAAUAUUCCUGAACACUCCAAGUGCGGUGUACUCGCAACCAGAAAAUGCACCUACAUCUAUGAACAUAGAUGAGGAAGAGGAUCCAGAUAACGUACAAGUACCUAAACUUGUUAAGAGAAAGAAAAAUGUUCCCCUCAAGUUACUGUCACCCUUCUUAACUCAGUAUUCACACCUACUGGUUGGGGAAGAACAGUUGAAUCAAAAGGAAAAGGACAUGCGAUGCGUACUGGAUUAUGCCUUUGGAAAGGGAAGCCCAACUCAGGUGUUGUACACUGAUGAUUGGAAUAUAGUUACCAGAGAAGAGUUUCAAACCCUAGCUCCCAAUGCGUGGGUGAUGAAUAAUGUUAUUGACACUUUUGCAAGAAUACUGAAUGAUGAUCCAGAUCAAAGUGUCAAGAGUAACUUGAAGUUCUAUUUCUCUACAAUCCCUUUCAAUAUGCUCUGCCAGAAUGAACCGUAUGGUGGAUCACAGGAUAGUCAAGCAACCGAAAGCAAACGCUUAGAAAAUUUUAUUUUAAGUGUACGCCAUGAGUAUGAAACUGCUGGUGUGAAGUCUUUGAAGGGAUUCCAUCUGUUGUUCUUUCCAGUCUGGUCUGGUGAUCAUUUUUAUCUCAUUGUAAUCAACCAAAAGGCGAAGAAGGUGGAGAUCAUUGACAAUCUCUCCUUACCUGAAGGAAUUACAUAUGAUGAUAAAUAUAAAACAUUUGCAGAAAGAACUUUUGAAGCAUGGACAAUAUUUUCUGAACAAGAAGGACAUCCUUUGCGGAAGGCACAGAUUUCAGCAUAUGAAAUUGUGUUGCUUGAAAUGCCAUGGAAGAACAGAACAAACAAGACUGAUUGUGGGGUAUAUGCAAUGAGGCAUAUGGAGACCUACAAAGGCAACCAGACUUGGAAUUGUGGUUUCAAAAACACAGAUGAAGAUAAAGACUUUAUUUGCAGGCUGAGAAUGCGGUACGGUACUGAAAUCUUAUUAUCCGUUCUGAACAAAAGGCAUGAGCUAAUGUAUCUGGCAUUGAAGAGAGCUAAUCAAGUUGAAUAG